GGAAAUUGUUAUGACGUCAUUCCAGUUCCUCCCAUAGCUUGGACAACACUGUGUUAUUUUCCCAAAAUUAAACAAUAAUCAUGGGUGUAAUUGUUCAUGAAUAUCGGGUGAUCAUGCCAAUGACUGUGGAUGAGUACCAAGUGGCACAGCUGUACUCAGUAGCGGAAGCCUCAAAAGACAACACUGGGGGUGGGGAAGGUAUUGAGGUUCUCGUGAACGAGCCGUUUGACCUAGAAGACCCAAAAACACCGAAAGACAGGGUGCCAGAAAGUCCGCUACAAGCCAAUGGAAAAGCAUACUCAAAGGGACAAUUCACUCAUAAAAUAUAUCACCUGCAAAGUAAAGUUCCAGGGUUCAUCAGGGCCAUAGCACCAAAGGGAUCUCUAGAAAUUCACGAAACUGCCUGGAAUGCAUAUCCUUACUGCAGAACUAUAGUCACUAACCCAGGGUACAUGAAGGAUGCGUUCUACAUCAAAAUUGAAACUAUGCAUUUUGCAGAUCGAGGAAAGAUGGACAAUAUACACGAUUUAAUGGGUGAACAAUUGACGAAGAGAAAUGUUACAGUUAUAGAUAUUGCCAAUGAUCCAGUGGCACAGAAGGAUUACAAAAAGGAGUAUGACCCCAAGUUAUACAAAUCAGAGAAAACUGCAAGAGGACCAUUAGAUAGUAAAGACUGGAUUAGCAAAGUGGAACCAGUGAUGUGCUGUUACAAAUUGAUCACUGUGAAGUUCAAAUGGUUUGGUCUUCAAGGCCGGGUAGAGAAGUUCAUCAACAAUCAAGAGCAUCGGCUUUUUACAGUUUUCCAUCGUCAGGUGUUUUGUCUGACGGACAAGUGGCACGGUAUGACAAUGGACGACAUUCGAGCUAUUGAAGAUGCCACAAAAGAGGAACUUAACAAUCAAAGAGCCAAAGGCCAGCUGAGGGGGAUGACUGCAGAUGAUUGAUAAAACGACCGACCUAGGUUAACAUGCAUCUCCGGAAACAUUUGUCAUUGUAACGCGCGUGAUGGGCACGCUCUGUGAUAUAGGGAAGAACACUUGCAUCAUAUAGUGUUUUAUUUUUUUUCACCGAAUAUGUAUAGACAUUUUCCUAGAUAACUUUGAAUUUUAGUUUGUUAGCUGUUGAGAGAAAGAAUAUAACGUUUGAAUUUAAAGUCUCAUUGUAUGAUAAUUAUGCUUUAUGCUUAUUAAGUUAUAUCUUGAAACCAGAAAUAGGCUUAAUAUUUAUGAAAACUAAACUAGAAGUUAGAAGCAUUCUGACAUGGCUUGUUUUUUUGUGUUUUUUUUUAAUGAUUAUUAGCUUGUGGGAAGUGAUGAAAAAUGAACGCUGUAUUAUACUAUUUAACCAACCAAAGGUACCGUAGGAAUGUUUUGAUGAUCUGGGACCAUGUUCAAUGACUAAAUUUGAUCGACCUUAAGUUUAAGGGUAAAAUUUGUUUUUUGAUUGGACUGUAAAAAUAACUGGCCAAUAGACUGAAUGGAAUCACUGAGGUGUGUCUAAGGAUAUGAGUGAUUUGAUUGGACUGUAAAAAUAACUGGCCAAUAGACUGAAUGGAAUCACUGGUUCGUGUCUAAGAAUAAGGAUAAAAAUAAUAAUGAAUACAGCCCCAGAUCUAGUGCAUUUAUAUACCAAACCAGCAGAGAUGGGUAUUAUAGUUAAUAUGACAUAAGUGAACAAUUCGACGUCACAAUAUGACACCAUGGUUUCUUGUGACUGAAAAAGGAACUGCGGCUCCUUUGGUGUGAUGUGUAUUUAAGGUGAUGAGUAGCUUCAAGAUAUUUAUAUUUCUGUUUGGCGCAACACAUAUUUGAAACAAUGUCAAAACUUAGUUAUAAGAUAUAACUGUAGGACCGAUCUCUGCUGGUCACGGUUGAUGGAGCAGUGGGAUGGAUAAACAUGGAAUGCUUUUGUUACGGGUUCUAUGUAUUAUUUUAGUUUUAAUUCAGUGUUUUCUUCCAACAUUUUUGGAAAAGGGGGGGCGGCCUAUCUGAUUUGGGAAAAUUUGCCUGAUUUUAAACGAAAUUGGUAGAAAAAGGCAAGAAUGUUUUUAAAAAAAGACUGAAAAAAUGAAAGCAGUGUUAUAUUUUUUUGUUUCUCUAAGAAAAUACUAUUCCAUCAAAACCUUUUGUUAGCCAUUUUUUUUAUUAUUAUUUUUUUAUUAUGUUUAUUUACUUUGUCAGAACAUGAAAUUAGACUAUUAGUAUUAGGACAAUAUUUCAGCUUGGAAUCAGAAGUGGUGGUGAUACUGUUAUUUAUCCUCUAUGCACUGUUUGCAGCUAGGACUAAAUGAAUGAGCAUAAAUUGUGUCUGUAGCAUAGAUGGCAGUAUAAGUCAGAGAUGAUAUAUAAUUUUGUAUAAUUAUUAAAAAAAAAAAUGGAGAAAAAGUAAGAUUUUAAAAAAACAUUCAAUAUUUUGAAAUGUAUUUUUGUCAAAAUUGCUUGUACAUUCAAGCUCAUUGAGGAAAAUGCAUGCUUAUGUCAAUAAGUUUUGUUUUAUCUCUUUAGAUGUUAUAAGAUAACAUUGGUUAAGGGAUAAAAAAUCUUCAAGACCUUCAUAUAAUGAUACUAUAUAUAAUAAAUAUAUAUCUCUGAGUGAAACUGCCUCCUAUGGUCAUUAGCAGCAAGACAUUUCAGAUUUAAUUGUAACCUAAAUGUGUUUAAGUGGAAAUGUUUGUGAAAUAAACUACAUUAUCAUCUUUGGUUUACAUUUUCGCUAAAACUAUAUAAUGUUUUUUACAUACGGCCAGUAGGCCGUCUUUUAAGUUUGGUUAAAAAAGGUUAUUGUGAUUAUCAUAAAUUUGAGUAAAGGUGUAAAUUGAUCAAUAAAAUGUUUAAAACUUAGGCCAUCAUCAAUAUUUAUUAUUAUGAGAAUUUUCAUAGUUUUUGUUUAUAUUUUUGAUUCAUAUAAAAAUAAAAAUAAGAAAACAAAAAAACAAAAUUCAAUGUUGGAUCAUUUAUAAUUAGUUAAAUUCAUCUCAACGAGAAAUGAGAAGUGUUCUUGAAAUUCUUUGUAAUAUAACCAGUAAAGCCUUAAAUAAUGCAAGUGUUAUUCUAAUUUUAAUGUUGUUAAAUCAUGAAGAUGUUAUGAUCACAAAAUAACAUUGAAUAGAUAUGAUAUUGAUGUGUGAAAAACUGUUGAGUGUUUCCUUAAUGUAUAAAAAAACUGUUGAGUGCUUUGUCCACUUUAGUGUUGUAAUCAUGUACAUUGUAUGUGAUAUUUAUUUUUGUGUUGAACUAUAGUUGGUGUUAGCCAUGUUACAUGCAAGAUUUUACCUUGUAACUUAAAAAAAAACUAUACUGAUGGCUGUACGUGAAAAGGUUCUUAGCGUUUUUUUGUUGAAUGACACUUCAGACUUUUUUGCUCUCAUCUUGAUCAGGUCCAAGAAAAUACUAUAUUUAAAACUGUCUGUAAAUAUAAAUAUACAUAUAAAUAUAUUGUCUAUCAAAUAAGCUUUUAUGCAGUUUUAUUGGAGCAGAAUUUGAACCCGUAGGAAUCUAAGCCAAUGAAAUUUUGCUGUGUUCUUUUCUAUAUUUAGUAACAAAACUCCUCUAUUACAUCUGGGAGAAGGAUUGAAACUGUUAUUGGUCCCAGAUUACAUCAAUGGUGAAUCUCAGUUCAAGAGUAUUCAAUUUAAGUAUGUGAUUUCAUUAAAAGAGUUUUCUCCCCUACCUCAUCAAAAGUCAUGAAGAAGACAUUUCGUCUGUCAAUUUUCUCAUGAUAAUUAUGAAGCGUAAGCAGAAAAAUGUACCAGGGUGCUGAAGAUAGACCUGUUGAAUUAAAAGCGUAAGUGACAGCCAGAAGCAUUCUGUCAGUUAAAAUUUAAACCCCUUUUUAUGUUAGCAUUAUUUUAUGGAGACUGCUAAUAGCUUCGGACAAAAGGAUUGUAUUGCUAAAUUUUCCGGUUAUUUCAUAUCUUUGAAGCAAGUUAUUAUAUGUUCAAACCUAGUUUUGUGCUCAAAGGAAACUGUCUGUUUCAUAUUCUAGAUAUUAUGAUUUGUUUGUUGUUUGCUUAGCUUAUGUUUAUAUCAAGUCAUAAAAUGGCGGUUUUGUCUUAAAAAAACAACUUUUCAAGGACAAAAGACGUAUUUUCAAAAUGCGUUUGAAAGAUUUUUUAAAAAUGUUGAUGAUCGUUUUGAUUUUUUUUGUAAAAUGUAUAUUUGAAUUUCAUUUUUAGAAAUGAUUUGUACAUUUUUGUCUUCUUUGUUAAUAUUUUGACAAAUUGAAAGAAAAAAACAACACGGCAUUGCUUUAGUUUUUAUAAACUCUUGCAUAAGAAAUGGACAGUUUCAUAUUUAAAAUGUGCAUAUAUUUUUAAGUCGUAUUUAUCCCACUAUAUACAUUGUUAUUAUUUCUUUUGCGAUGUACAUUUUGUUUUUCUGUUCAUAUCAGUCAGGUACAACGUGUCAACUAUUAUCUCAUCUAUGUUUUGUGUGAAAAAAAGUUGAGUUAUUGUUAUAGGCUUGGUGUCGUUGGUGUUGGCGUCGUUGUGCAAAAUGGUGAACCAUGGCCAUAUUUUAAAGAAAUUGUUCAAAAUAAUGACAUAAAACUUUAUGAAUGUGCAAAAGCUUUGGUCAUAACUGGAAUGGUGUUCAAGGUAACUUCAAAAACGUUCUUCAAGAUAUUAAAAUGAAAUGUGAUACACAUGUUGCCAGAAACAAUAUGCACAUGAAUAGCAAGGCCCAUAACUCUGACUUCCUUACUUGUCAAGUGCAUAACUCUUUUGCAACAAUAAAACUUGUGAAAAACAUUAUCCUUGGCCAUAACUCAAAACCAUUCAAGAUAUAUUUCAAAUCAAAUUAGUAAUCCAUAACUCCUCCUUGUAUAAUUAUUGAAUUAGGGCCCUUUUUCAACAAAAACCAGACAAGCUAUGGUGUUCGCUCCACUGACCACUUGUUAUUUUAUGCUUUUGUUUUCUUAAUAAAGCUGCAUGUAUAAAUAUGAUUAAAGCAAAUGGAACAUGUAACGCCUCAAAAUUAACUGUGAAAUGGAUAAAAUAUGUAUUUAAAAAAUAGAUGAUGUUAAGUCAAUAAAAUCAGUUUUUAGUCCUUGCAACUAAAUUUCUAUAUUUUUAACAUUUCAUGGUGUUUAAACAAUUGUUGAAACAUGUCUUUUCCUCAUCAUUAUUUUUCAGGUACCUUGAGAUUUAAGCACUGAUAUGUUAUUUUUUUAGUUGUGAAUUCUUUGAGUAACUUAAACUGUAAAAGGAUUGGUAUUUCAUUUGUUGUGAUCUCUCUAAAAUUCUUUAAUACACUCAAUAAGAUUUAUUAAGGGUUAUGUAUUUCAGUAAAACUUUCACAAAUACCCCUAGGUGCCAAUAAUGACUUGAUGUUUUUUUUCGAUGUGUGUGAAAAAGUAAACCAAUUACAGUAAAACUGUGGUCGUUUGAACAGGCGGUCGUUCGAGAACCGGCGGUCCCUCAAGGUUGGAGCUUAGUCCCAAACCUUUUUCCUUCUAUUUUCAUAUAAAAUAUACUGACGCUGCAUCGAAACCGAAAUAAGUCGAGGAGUCGAGCACAAUAGCCGGUCCCGAAUACACAAAUCAUGCAAAAUGCAUAGGCUUUUGUCAGAAGUCAUUUGUUCUAUAUCAAUGUUUCACAAAUGGUAUCGGUGACCCUUGAUUCAUUUUAUUGAGUGUUCUGCAAUUGGUGUUAAUCUGUGUAGAUUAAAAAACAUACUCUGUUUAACAUCCACAUUGUUUCAAGGUCAUAAAUGUUAUUAAUCUUCUUCAUGUCACAGUGCUUGUAAUGUCAAAUAAAAUGUAAUAUUUACA